GUAAAAAAGAAAUUGGAGUUAACUAAGAGCCUUAAUUAGUUUUCCAUUUUUUUUUCAAAGUAUAGCAAUGAAGGUAGAGCAAGUUCUUCACAUGAAUGGAGGAGUGGGCGAAUAUAGCUAUGUCAAAAAUUCUUCUCUUCAAGAGGUCUAAAGCAGCAAUUUUUAAUUGAGGGGGUCCCUUGCCUGCUCCUCCCUUCUCCCCGGUCUUCUAGUCUUAUUGGAUCUCAGAAGACAAGCUCUUCCAACACUGUUUUUCCUACGUCCACAUGACUUGAACCUGAGGUCUUAGUGAGUUUCUUUGAUAUAUAUAUAUACACUUUAUCCUUUUUGUUCUUGGGUUUCAGGGGACAGUGAUAUCAAUGGUGAAGCCAAUGCUUGAAGAAACCAUAACAGAGCUUUGCAGUGCGAUGCUGCCUGGUGCAGAUUGCUUGAAGGUUGCAGAUUUGGGUUGUUCGGCUGGACCCAAUUCUCUUUUAGUGGUGUCUGAAAUCAUAGACACCAUUGACGAAACUUGCCGAAGGUUGAAGCAUCCACCGCCAUGUUUACAAGCAUUCUUGAAUGAUCUUCCUGGUAAUGAUUUCAACGCCAUUUUUAAGUACUUGUUGCCGAGCUUUUACGACAGAUUGGAGAUAGAGAAAGGCAACAAGUUUGCUAUAAACAAAUGCUUCGUUGCGGGAGUUGCUGGGUCUUUCUAUGGCAGGCUUUUUCCUCCUAAUAGCUUGCACUUUGUUCAUUCUUCUUAUGCCAUUAUGUGGAUCUCCAAGGCACCAAAGGAGUUGGUUACCAAAGCAGGAACAGCAUUGAACAAGGACAACAUUUGUGUAGCCAAAACAAGCCCUCAUGCAGUGUUUGAAGCAUACUUGGAUCAAUUCAAAAGAGAUUUCACAUUGUUUCUAAGGUGUCGAGCCGGUGAGAUUGUCCCCAAUGGUCGCAUGCUUUUAACCACCAUGGGCAGCAUCAAGAGCAAUGAUCCCCUUACCAUCUGGGAAUUUGUUGGAUUGAAACUACAUGACAUGGUCGCAGAGGGGUUGAUCGAGGAAGAAAAAUUGGGAUCAUUCAAUUUGCCAUAUUAUGCAGCAAGUACAGAAGAAAUCAAAAGUGUGAUAGAAGCUGAAGGAUCUUUCAAGCUGCAGAACAUGGAGGUUUUCAACGUGGAUUGGGACGAUUACAUUAAAAAAGCCGACACCAAGCAGGUGGUGGACAAGACAACAAGAGCAACAAUGAUUGCAAAAGACAUUAGAGCAGUUGGUGAACCUAUUUUGGGCAGUCAUUUUGGUGAAGACAUCAUGGAUGACUUGUUUCGUAGGUUUAAAGAAGAUGUCUUUGACUACAUGGGAACACAUAAUGGUCAAUUUGUUAAUGUAGUUAUGUCAUUGAUAAAGAAGGAUAUAUAAUGUAUUUGAAGGUUUUUCAAAGAUGGACUGAUUGAUGGAUAUGAUUAAUGGGAAUCGAUUUUUAAGUAA